AUGAACUCAGUCGAUGAGAUGAGACGAGAUGGCAUCAGGUUUAUUAGUUACACAAAGCAAAGUGAAUUUAGUUAUAAAGUGAUAAUGGCUACAGUACUACCACCUGCAUCAAAAAAACAGAAGAGGGAGGCCACUCAACCUCGAGAAGUCGAUAUCGUUCCAAAAGACCUACCAAAUGUGUUGGUGAAAUUCCAGGCAUUUGAUACUGGUGAAACCAUUGAAGGUUCUGUGAGAAUCCCUGCUUCAAUUACCGAAAGGCAGUUAGAAGAGUUAUUGAACAAGCUUAAUAAUACCGAUGAACCGGUACCGUACACGUUUAGUUGUUUGGUGCAAAAUAAAAGCAAAGACGAUGCCGAGGAAAUGAUAGAUAUUAAAGAUAAUUUGUAUCAUUCGAUUUUCAAAUCGGGGCUGAAAACCACUGAGGAUUUUAUUACGUUAGUCUAUACUCCUAAAGCUGUUUUUAAAGUAAGGCCGGUUACUAGAAGUUCUUCGGCUAUUGCAGGUCAUAGUUCUACUAUAUUAUGCUCUACCUUUGCGCCACACACGAGCUCUCGAAUGGUAACUGGUUCUGGUGAUAACAAUGCUCGUAUAUGGGAUUGUGAUACACAAACUCCAAUUUAUACAUUGAAAGGUCACACGAACUGGGUGUUAUGUGUGGCUUGGUCGGCAGAUGGCGAAGUUAUCGCAACAGGGUCUAUGGAUAAUACUAUUCGCUUAUGGGACGCCCAAACGGGUGACUCAAAAGGUGAUGCACUAAGAGGUCAUUCUAAAUGGAUCACCUCUAUGAGUUGGGAACCAAUUCAUUUGGUCACGCCAGGAAACAAGCCUAGAAUUGCUUCCGCCUCAAAGGACGGAACUAUUAAAGUUUGGGACACUGUAAGAAGACAAUGUAUCCUGACCUUAAGUGGGCAUACGUCUUCUGUUUCCUGUAUUAAGUGGGGAGGGCAGGGCGUAAUAUACACUGGAUCACAUGACCGUACCAUUCGAUGCUGGGAUAUGAAUGCUGGGGGUAAGUGUAUUAAUAUACUGAAGUCCCACGCUCAUUGGGUGAACCAUUUAUCUCUGUCUACUGAUUACGCAUUGAAAGUCGGAGCCUUUGAUCAUACUUAUAGCAGACCAGCAACUGCAGAAGAAGCACAAAAGAGAGCAUUGAAAAAUUACGAGAAGGUAGCAAAAAGAAAUGGUGUACUAGAAGAAUUGAUCGCUACUGCUAGUGAUGAUUUUACUAUGUAUUUAUGGAAUCCAUUGAAAGGAACCAAACCUCUUACUAGAAUGACGGGUCACCAAAAGCUAGUAAACCAUGUUGCAUUUUCACCUGAUGGUAGAUACAUUGUGUCUGCUUCCUUUGACAACUCCAUCAAGCUAUGGGAGGGAAGCAGUGGAAAAUUUAUUUCCACUUUUAGAGGGCACGUAGCGAGCGUAUACCAAGUAGCAUGGUCAUCAGACUGCCGCUUACUAGUAUCUUGCUCAAAAGAUACCACUCUAAAAGUUUGGGACGUUAGAACUAGAAAGCUUGCAGUUGAUUUACCGGGUCAUAAUGAUGAGGUAUAUACAGUUGACUGGAGCGCCGAUGGCAAAAGUGUAUGCAGUGGAGGUAAAGAUAAAAUGGUCAGACUCUGGACACAUUGA